AUGUCCAUCAUCACCUGUAUUCAUGCCCGUCAAAUCUUUGAUAGUCGUGGCAACCCCACUGUUGAGGUUGAUCUGACCACUGCUAAGGGAAUGUUUCGUGCCGCCGUCCCUUCAGGUGCCUCUACUGGCGUUCAUGAAGCCGUUGAGCUUCGUGACGGUGACAAGUCAGCUUACAUGGGCAAGGGUGUUCUUAAAGCCGUCGAUAACGUCAACAAAGUUAUUGCCCCGGCCCUGAUUGCCGAAAAGAUUCCUGUCACUGAACAGUGCAAGAUUGACGAGUUCAUGAUCAAGUUGGACGGAACUGCCAACAAAGGUAAGCUUGGGGCCAAUGCCAUUCUGGGUGUGUCUCUGGCCGUCUGCAAGGCCGGGGCCGCUGAGAAGGGUGUGCCUCUCUACCGCCACAUUGCAGACCUCGCGGGCAACAAGGAUGUUGUUCUCCCAGUGCCCGCCUUCAACGUUCUUAACGGCGGCAGCCACGCUGGCAACAAAUUGGCCAUGCAGGAGUUCAUGAUCCUCCCCACUGGUGCCAAAAGCUUCACAGAGGCCAUGAAGAUGGGAUCAGAGGUCUACCAUCAUCUGAAGGCCGUCAUUAAGGCUAAGUACGGUCUCGAUGCUUGUAACGUUGGCGAUGAGGGUGGCUUCGCGCCCAAUAUCCAGGACAACAUGGAGGGUCUAGAACUCCUUAAGACCGCCAUCGACAAGGCUGGCUACACCGGAAAAGUCAAGAUUGGCAUGGACGUUGCUGCCUCUGAGUUCUACCAAGACGGGAAGUACAACCUUGACUUCAAAAAUCCAAAUGCAUGCGCAUCCUCGAUUAUCCCCGGCGCUAAGUUGGCCGAGAUAUACGAGGAAAUGAAGUCUAAGUACCCAAUCGUGUCCAUCGAGGAUCCCUUCGACCAGGAUGAUUGGUCUGCGUGGACCGGAUUCUGCGCUAAAGCCGGAAUCCAAAUUGUCGGCGAUGACCUGACGGUGACUAACCCAGAGCGUGUACAGCGCGCCAUUGACUUGAAGGCCUGCAACGCCCUCCUCCUCAAGGUGAACCAGAUCGGCUCGGUCUCUGAGUCGAUCAAGGCCUGCAAGAUGUCUCAGGCCGCCGGCUGGGGUGUGAUGGUGUCGCACAGGUCCGGUGAGACCGAGGACUCAACCAUCGCCGACAUCGUCGUCGGUCUGCGCACCGGACAGAUCAAGACCGGCGCGCCCUGUCGCUCCGAGCGUCUCGCCAAGUAUAACCAGCUGUUGCGCAUCGAGGAGGAGCUGGGUGCCAAGGCGGUCUACGCAGGCGAGCACUUCCGCAAACCCCAGUAG